GCGGAGGAUGAACGAACAACGGGAAGCAGCCAACGCUGCUGUCUUGGCGAGAGUGGGGCCAUGGGUAGGAAAGCGCCUGCUUCCUGGAAGUCGAAGCGACGAUACCACCGCGGACGAGAGUGCGGAGACUGUUUAUGAGGGUGAUAUCAACCACAUUCCGUACAGAAUCAUCACUGGGGGUUAUACGGAAGACUUGCAACUUACGCGUCUCAAUGUUAGCAUUGAUUCGAACCGUGUAGUCACAAGAGUAUGGAUUGGCUAGGCCGAGCAGCUCAUUCAGCCACUGUAAUCUCGGGUUUUCAAUCCUAUUGUAUCGUUCCAGUUGCAA